AUGGCUGACAAGAGAGUCGAGGAUGUUUCCCAGGCCGCUGGAGAGGCCAAGGACACCAACCCCCAGAACCCUUCGGUCGUCUCCUCUGGCGGUGCUGUUGGCAAGCAGUUCAACCCUGAUGGAAACAUUGGCCAGGUUGGCGAGAAGAUCGGUGGACCUUUCUCUAAGGACGGUGCUAUUGGCAAGCAGUUCGAUGCAUCCAAGGAUGGUCUUGCUGGUCAGGUUGAGAAGGCUGUUGAUGGUCCCAGCAGACCUGCCACCGAGAAGAAGUAA